AUGGCGGAUGUCACGACAGUCCCCAAGAAGGAGAUGCUCACCUUGGAAGUCGAAGAGGCUAGCGCACCUAUCAAAUAUGACCUCGCCGAGGUCGAUCGAAUGCUGGUCGACGACGAGCGUGCUCCUGAAGCUCGUGGUACUACCGAAGAUGCUAUCCCUCGAAGCUACUGGUACAGUGCUCGUUUCCUGGGCACCUUUACGGCUAUCAUUCUUUCUAAGGACGCCGGCAGCGGUGGCUUCAGCUUAGCAGCGCCGUUACUUUCCAACAUCAACGCAGAGAUCGGACCCGACCUCGACAUCACCUGGGUGUCCCUCUCCUGGACUUUAACGCAAGGCAUCAGCACGCUGUUAGUGGGCAGAUUGUCAGACCUGUUUGGUCGGCGAUGGAUCUUCAUCCUGGGCAACCUCAUCGGCACCAUUGGUGCCAUCUUUGCCUCCCAGGCCCAAACCGUCAAGCAACUCAUCGGGGCCACAGUGCUUCUGGGGAUCGCGGGUGGCUCGCAAAUCAGCUAUUUCUGGACCAUCAGCGAGAUCGUGCCCAUGAGAUGGCGGUACGUCGCCAACGCCUUCAUCUACGUCUGCAGCUUCACCACGUGGCUAGGUCCCAAGAUCGCGUAUAGCUUCCAGACCGAAACCACCGUGGGCUGGCGCGGCUGCUACUACCUCCUCAUUGCACUGAACGGCCUCGCUACGAUUUGUUAUUGGGCCUUCUAUCACCCGCCGACAUUUAAGAUGUUGCACCGUCGAACCGCUCUCAAGGAAAUGAUCGUCUCCUUCGACUGGCUUGGCCUCAUCCUCUACACAGCAGGGUUUACAGUCUUCCUCAUGGGGCUGACCUGGGGUGGCGGCCGCUAUCCAUGGUCUAGUUCCUAUGUGAUUGGGUCGUUGGUAGCUGGUGCUGUUGGUCUGGUGCUGUUCGUGCUCUGGGACAUCUGGCUUCCUCGUCGAUCCCAGAGGACCAUUCCCUUGGUGGAGAUGCACUUCUUCAAAAAUUUCCAGCUCAUGGCCAUCACCGGCAUGACCUGCGUGGCGGGCUCCACCUACUAUGGCUUCAGCUCCGUCUGGCCUGGCCUAGUCCGCAAUGUCUGGACAGGGCUUGACGCGGCUGAGACCGGCAACAUGCUCUGCGUCUUAAUCAUGUGCUAUCUGUUCGCCCAGUGUAUUGGAGGAUGCAUUGCCCAUUUCACCGGGCCCAAGUACACUAUCAUUAUUUCCAUGUGCAUUGCCUGCCCUCUGCUGACAUGCGCUGCUGUCAACCCGUUCAACAUGACCAUGACAGCCAGCUUGGCCUGCACGGGAGGAUUUGCCUUGGGUAUCAUGGAGGGCGUCGCUCUCACAGCAACCACCUAUCCCCUGCGGACACAGGAAGAAAUCGGCAGUGCGGGAGGGCUGACAGGAACCCUACGCUUGUUCGUGUCGACAAUUGCCACCUGCAUCUACAAUACAACGCUGGUGAAUCGACUGAACUCGACGAUCCCAGAAAAUGUCGGGCGUGCGGCCACUUCGGCUGGUCUCCCCGUGUCCUCAUUGCCACUGCUGAUCAGUAAUCUACGUGCCGGGCAUGGUUUCAACAGCACGUCGGUUCCAGGCAUCAAUGACAGCAUUGAGGCAGCGGCAAAACUCGCUUUUCGAAUGGCAUACUCCGAUGCAUAUCGAACAAUGUUUUUGGUGUCGCUUGCCUUCACUGGUCCCGGUGUCAUCUUGUGCUGGUUCGUCGCACAGCACGACAAGAAGAAGGAGCACUUCGUUGCGGGUCAUUUGCACGACCCUAAGCAGACCAAGACCCUCGAGCAGCAGGAUGGUUGA